AUGCGGUUGCUUUCUCUGGUGUUGUUGGCACUGCAUGGAGUGCAGGCGGCGUUUAUCCGCAGGCUUGAAUGCGAUCUCGCCGAUAUUCCGUCGUCUCCGAUAGACCCGGUCUUUCAGCCUCUCAGUUUGAGUGGUGGAUUGGAUGAAUCGAAUGUAUUAUUCUUGAAACUGUCAGGAGAUUAUCCGGGCCCCGAUGGCUGUGAGCUGCUCAAUGGAGCAAUCGCAAAGGUGCUGGUGGAUGUGAAAGUGCUAGGCCGUACUGUGGGAUAUCAGAUCGAGUCGAAUGGGAGCUGUCCAACGGUUUCUCCUAUUGGGCAUCUAAGGUCUGAUCCUCGAACGUACACAAACUACGAGUCUUUUUAUUCGUUGGACGGGGCAUAUCAACUUCACACACUGGCGACAACUAUUCGUCUCCAACUCAACAAUGGCAGCGAUGCGGCUUGCGUCGCAGCGCAUAUUACACCAGAUAUUGGUCCUCUUGCAUCAAACCUUUUAAAGUCACUUCCAUUGGCCAUCAUGCUUAUCUCAGGCAUCAUUGCCGCAGGGAUUAGGAUUUAUCGGAAUCGAGGGUCGAGCAUCUUCCGCUACGAAAUCGCCAACAGUGCCAACGACCCUGCUGAAUGCUUCUUCCCGGGGAUGGGAAGCUGUCUACAAUAUAUUCAGUUUGUCUUCAUGACAGGUUGCCUGACUCUAUCCUAUCCUGGCUUUUUCAAACCCAUCGUCAGUCAACUCGCGUGGUCGUCGCUUUACUAUGCCAAUGGACCUAUUACGCAUGAGUUUACCUAUCCCGGGAUCGGCGAUGGUAUCUAUACGAUGAAUGGGACUUAUGGAUUGGAGCUCAUGGCCCAGACCUUGGGUGCGACUACUGUGGGUGAUCUCUGGAUCAAUUCUACUAUCAAUCUGGCCGUGAUGCUUGUGGGCAUUGUGGCCGUCGUCCAAUACGCUACGCUUGUCAAGUGGAUGAGAAAUAUAAUUCCAUUCUGGAAGACACCAGGAGGCCUUGAUCUCCGAGCAGAAUUCCUCACUCGUAUCCAGCAUACCGGAUGGAGUGUUCUUCGCACAAUGCUCCAGUACUACCUACUUCCUAUCGUCACCUUCUCGCUUUAUCAACCCCUCAUGGCGACCUUCUUCCCAGUCUAUCGCACGUUUCUUGCAGUCAUGUUGGUAGCUCUCCUGGCUGUUACACUGGGGCUCGUGGUCCGCUACCUGGGUAUACAGAACCGGCAGGAAAUCUUCUUCGCAGACAGCAUUCUUUCGAAACAAACAACCAGGUCAUGGCUUUUGGAUGCGCUGCAUGGUAUCCCUUUAAUCCAGGGAGUGGCAAUCGGUGGCCUUCAGGUCUCCGGAGUGGGCCAGAUUAUUGUUCUUGCUGCUUGCGAGAUAUUCCUGAUCAUCGUCCUAGCAUUGCAUUAUCAACGACAUACAUCGCUUUGGAAACCGGUAGCAUUUCCUGCCGUCCGACUCACAACGAUCCUCAUUAGCUGUGCAUUCCUUCCCGCUGCGGGACUGAGCGAAGGGACGAAGGGCUACCUGGGAUAUUCAAUAUUAUUUUUGCAUGCCGCGGCUUUACUUUUUGGAUUUCUUGCUACUGCUGUUGUGGACUUGGCAAGGCUCGUGCUGGGAACAGCUGAUCCAGCGGGCCGUCCAGAUAGUACUCCGGUCUUCGGAUUAGAUCAAUUAUCACGACGUUCGAAACGGAGAACGACCUUUGGUGAAUUACCAGCACUCUCCCCUGAUGGUAUAUCACAGUCAAACCAUGGCAUAUGUUUGAAAAUGUUAACCAAUGGUUUAGAUCAACCAACCACAACCUACAUCCCACACUCCUCAUUCAGAGCAUCCUCUCUAGAAGGCUCAGCUGCCACUGCAAAUACCGAGAGCCAUUACUUCUACCGACCUCCUCGUCACAACCAAACUUCAAGUUCCCCCAUUGACUACGGAAGCAGAGCAACUAUGCAAUCUAUACCGUCGUCGCCAUCGUCGCCCACACCGUCAUCAGAGAUCGUUCAAGAGUCUCACAGCCCGAGUAUGGAUUUGGCAGAUAUGGAAAUGGAAAUUGAUAAGCCAUCCGACGUUGAUUAUUCUAUACGGGAGGCAGAUCAAUAUUAUCGACACGCCGCUGCAAGGACUAUUGUCAUGGGCUCACCUAACCCAGGGCAAGAUUCUCCGUCACGGCCGACUGGUUCUGGCGCUUCUCUAUCUCUGUGGAUGCAGCGGAAGGGGAAGAAGGAAAAAAGGUUCGAGGUUGUUAGAUCAAGGCCUUCGUCCGAAUGA